UUUCUCCAGCUGAUUCACGGAAAUUAGCACCAUUCCGUUGCGUCGUAUUGGGCGGAAUCCUCCGGGAGGUCGACACGGAGAGAGAGUGGCGUUUGCUGAAAUCAUAUAGGCGUGGUUUUGCAUGGAGAUGUGAUGCUCCGUCUGCUCCCGCUGGGAUCCCCACCUGUCUUCACACCGCGUUUGUCACCGCGCCAGCUGCUUUUUUCCUGAGUUUAAAGCCACUACAGCGCGAUUUUGAUUAGAUUAAUUAUUUUUUUUAUCACAUGGGAUAUUGAUUUUCGGGGGUUUAGUUACAGCGCUGUGGACGUACGGGGCGCCCGGUUUAAUCACCUCCAGAGCGAGAGGCGACGGCGGCGGCGCACGGCACUUGGCGGAGAUAAACAGGAGCGGACAGCGCGUCGCUUGGCCUCCAGGAACCACAGCGGAAACCCUGGUUCAUGUGUAGGGCUGUUUGACGCGCAGGUCGUGCUCGCAGCGGUUCGCAAUGAUGGAAAAUACACGCAAGAUGUUCAAAAGAUCGGCCUGGCUUUGCGUACUUGUAGUGGUUUCUGUUUUACUUGUAGUUGACAGCAAGAGACCCAGACAGCCUCGCUGUCCCUCAUCAUGUACAUGUACCAAAGAUAACGCGUUGUGCGAAAGCGCAGGACUGAUCCCUCGCAGCUUUCCCCCCGAUGUCAUAUCACUAUCAUUCGUCAAGUCUGAAUUCACCGAAAUCCCGAAAGAGAGCUUCAUCCACACGCCUGCCCUACAUCUCCUCCUCUUCACAGCCAACAACCUGGAAUCUAUAGACGAGGAUGCUUUCCUCGGUCUUCCUCAUCUGGAGUAUCUGUUCAUCGAGAACAACCAAAUCAAAUCGAUUUCACCCAAUGCUUUCCGUGGCCUGAAAACCCUGGUGCAUCUGAGUCUGGCCUACAAUAAUCUGGACACUCUGCCCAAAGAUUUAUUCAAGGGUCUUGAGGCCUUGACGAAAGUAGACUUGCGAGGGAACCAGUUUACCUGUGACUGUAAGCUGAAGUGGUUGGUGGAGUGGAUAUACAGCACCAAUGCUACAGUGGAUCAGAUUUACUGUAAAGGCCCGGCCUCAAAGCUGGACAAGAAGAUCAAUGAUCUGGUGCCACAGUCCUUCGACUGCAUCACCACAGAGUUUGCUUCCUACCAGUCCCUGAAGUUUGAAUCCAUAUCUGUGGAGGCCUUUUCCUUUGAGAAUGACCAGUAUGUGGUGUUUGCCCAGCCCUUCAUAGGGAAGUGCAGCUUUCUAGAGUGGGAUCAUGUGGAGAUGGUUUUCAGAAACUUUGACGACAUUGACAGCACAUCCACAGUCAUUUGCAAACCUCUGGUCAUUGACAACCAGCUCUUUGUCAUUGUGGCUCAGCUGUUUGGCGGCUCACACAUCUAUAAGCGUGACACCUCUGCCAACAAAUUCAUCAAGCUCCAAGGCAUUGACAUUCUCAAAAUCCGCAAACCGAACGAUGUUGAGACUUUCCGCAUCGAUGGAGAAUCGUUCUUCGUCAUAGCAGACAGCUCCAAGGCCGGCUCCACCACCAUCUACAAGUGGAACGGCAAUGGCUUCUACUCUCACCAAUCGCUCCACCCGUGGUACCGGGACACCGAUGUGGAGUUCAUGGAGAUCUCCUCCAAACCUCACCUGAUCCUGUCCAGCAGCUCCCAGAGGCCGGUCAUCUACCAGUGGAACAAAAGCACCAAGCUGUUUGACAGACGCACCGACAUCCCAGAGAUGGAGGACGUCUACGCUGUGAAGCACUUUCAAGUCAAAUCGGACCUCUUCAUCUGUCUGACGCGUUUCAUCGGCGACUCCAAAGUGAUGCACUGGGACGGGGCCCUCUUUAGAGAAUUGCAGACGGUGCCCUCCCGUGGCUCCAUGGUGUUCCAGCCGUUCUCUGUGGGCAGCUGGCAGUACGCCAUCCUGGGAAGCGAUUACUCUUUCACCCAGGUGUACCGCUGGGAUGCCAAGAAGGGCGAGUUUGUCCAUUUCCAGGAGGUGAACAUCCAGGCGCCGAGGGCCUUCUCUCCAGUCUCCAUAGACAACCGGCAGUUCCUGCUGGCCUCCAGUUUCAAAGGGAAAACUCAGAUUUAUGAGCACCUGGUCAUUGAUCUGAGCAACUGAGUGAAUGUUUUCUUGACUGGUGGUUUCUGUGUUUAGAGAAGUCUGUUGCAUCCUAACCUAAUCCUAACUUGAGAAAGCCAUUACUGUUUUCUUUUUAACUUCCAUUGAAAUCAGUGCAUGAUACAUGUAAAGAUACAUACAUGCAUCUCAGCUAAAUAUAUUUGGCUGAGAUGCAUGUUGACGUCAAUGCAUGCUCCUCAAGUUAGGAUUAGACCCAAUAUGUUGUCAAGACAUUAAUGCAUGACCGGCCUCACACAGGCCGCCCCAUACUGAUGAGUGCAACAUCUAUACUCAUUAAUCCAUUAAAUCUUGCCAGUAGUUUUUUUUUUUGUGUUCAGCUUUUCGUGUGACUCAGCAAUGUUUAUACAUUUGUAAUCUCAUAUAUUUAUCUACAGGAAAUAAUUACAAAAUGGUACUUUUUAACCUAUUAACAUGUUUAACAAAUCUGCCAAAAUGAAAUGUUUACAUUUUUCUGUCUUUUCACUUGUACGUUAAAAGAUUUGUAAAUGAAGCUUUUGUAAGUCUAAGAGGGACCACGCUAGUUAGAUACAUAUUUGUUAUGGAGAAUUAUUUGAAAUUAUGUUUAUAAUUUGGAAAAUAUCAACAGAAAUGUUGUGUGAGAAUCUACCUGUAAAUCCUUACAAUUUACAUUUUUAUCGUUAAUGGUUUGUAUAAUGUUGAAAGUAUUGAAAAUUACAGUUUUUCAUAAGAAGUAUGGAAAACAUUUUGGGCACACACAGGAACUAUUUUCAAACACUCAAAGGAACUGUAAUGAAAAAUUGAAGAUAUUGUUCAUAAUGCUUUACCUUUGACUAACAUGUAUGCAAAAUACAUCAAUUGUGUCAUGAUUAUAAUUAAGUUAUUGACUAAUAUCAUGCUAUUUAGAGUCAAUAAAGGUUUACUUUACUAAU